AUGUCGACCUACCAGCCGUCAAGAGCAUGUUGUGCAACGCCUGCAAUCAUCGGUCCACCAUACCCUUUCGAAGGCAGCUUCAUUGAGAUAGCUGGCACAAAGUGCUACACAGCUGGACCCUCCACCGCGCAAGCCGCCAUCUUCAUCAUCUACGACAUUUUUGGCUAUAGUGGUCAGAUUUUGGAGAAUGCCGACAAGCUGGGCGAGCAUCACCAGGUCUUCAUGCCAGAUUUCUUCGAUGUUAAACCUACGCCACUGGACUGGAUGCCACUUGACGGUCCAGCCGAUGAGGAGAAGAUGGAUGACUUCUGCGAAGAGCCUGGUGAGACGCAGACGACUGUGAAGAGAGACGUUCGAGCUGAGAGAGCAGGUUCAGCAAUUGCAUUCGGAGGUUGA